CGGGUGUCUGUCCCAGCCCUUGCUCAAGCCAGCUCCAGCCAUCAUUGGCCUUUCAGGUGCUUUGCAGGACCUCACAAUCCCAAAGCAACUGACAGCCAUGAAGAUCCUCUACCUGCUCUUCGCUGUCUUCCUCAUCCUCUUCCAGGCUACUUCAGGUUCUGCAGACCCUCUUUUUGAGGACACCAUCCAGUGCCGGGGCCAGGGAAAAUUCUGCCGUGCCGGGGAGUGCCCACCCACCUUCGCUGCCACGGGGACGUGCCACGGGGGGCUGCUGAACUGCUGCUCCAAGAUUUUUGCAGAAUAAGAAGAAAAGGCUUUCCUGGAUCAGAGCCCUUGGACCAGCAGCAUUUCCACUGCCUUGAGGAGCUGAUUUUCAUGGAUUCCUCUUCUAUCUAAAGCCUCCUGCAAAUAGCUUUAAAAGAAGCUUCCAGAGGGCAUGUCCUGUUAGCACACCGCUUCUGGAGAUCUGGGUUUUUCCUCGCUGAAGUCACUCCCUUUUUGCUUCCAGUACGCAAGCCACUUUGGCUCCUUGGCCACCUAUUCCAGCCUACCUCACCGGGGUGUUUGGAGGUUCAAUCACUUCAGGUUCAUGCAGCUCUUGGAGGAUGUGAAGCAAUAUAUAUAUUAUUAUUUUAUUCGCACAUAAAAAUAAAGGUUUUCUUAAACCAAA